UCAAUCUUCAUGUUCCUAAGAUUCAUUUCAAAUUUGGAGCCAAAUUGAUUCGAAAUCAAUGGCGGAUUCAAAAGAGACAUUGCUGAUCACAACCAUAAACCACAAAAUCAACACAAAAUCAAAUUACUGGAUUAUCGAUGCUCUUGAAUCGAAUAGUUUCUCCUGGAUUUUUCCAGAUCAGUCGGAUCUACGGAAAGCUGGUCUCUCAUGGUCAAUCUUCGUCCUCUUGGCGAUCUGCGUUCCGAUACUAUCACACUUCGCUUUUCAGUGUUCCGCCUGUGACCAACACCACCGCCGUCCAUUUGAUUGGAUCGUACAGUCAUCGUUAUCUGUAUUCUCGGCUAUUUCGUUCGUAAGUCUCUCGUAUUUCUCCCGGAAAUAUGGUCUCCGGCGAUUUCUGUUCCUUGAUAAGAUGUGUGAUGUCAGCGAUAAAGUUCGCCAAGGAUAUUCCGAUCAACUUCAUAAAGCAAUGAAGUUCUUCUGUGCAUUUGUGAUUCCAUGUUUUCUUGCCGAUUCCAUCUACAAAAUCUGGUGGUUCAUCUCAGGAGCACAUCAAAUCCCGUAUAUCUCCAACAUUUAUUUAAGCCACACCUUGGCUUGCAUCCUGCUUUUAGGAUCUUGGUUAUAUCGUACAUCACUCUUCUUUCUUGUUUGUGUGCUUUUCAAACUCACAUGUUCGAUGCAAAUAUUCCGGUUACAAGAUUUCGCGAAAGUCUUCGAGAAACAAGGAGAUGUCGGUUUGAUAUUAAUGGAGCAUCUUUCGAUUAGAAGGACGCUUCGUAUUAUAAGUCAUAGGUUUCGUGGGUUUGUGUUAUCGACUUUGAUAUUGGUGACGGCGAGCCAGUUUGCUUCUUUGCUUGUGAUGACUCGGACGGGUUCACUCGUCAAUAUUUCGACUGCCGGAGAACUCAUGUUGUGCUCCUUGACUCUCGUGAGCGGGUUAUUCAUAUGCCUACGAAAUGCAGCAAAGAUCACACACAAAGCUCAAUCGGUAACGAGCUUGGCAGCCAAAUGGCACACGUGCGCCACCGUUGACUCAUUCGACGACAUGGAUCCUACUGACGAGACUCAAUCCCCAUCGGCUAACAUUACUUCCGAGAGAUCUAACAACCAUUUUGAUGCCCAUCAAUGUUCAGAUAAUGAAGAAGGAGAUGAAGAUGAAUUGGACAAUACAAAGUUAGUUCCAAUUUACAGGCAUACACUCUCAUACCAAAAGAGACAAGCCUUAGUGACGUACUUUGAGAACAACAGGGCUGGAAUCACAGUGUUCGGUUUCAUGCUAGAUAGGACAUAUCUACACACGAUCUUCGCCAUUGAAAUGUCUCUAACACUUUGGUUACUCAAUCAAACAAUCGGUUUCUCAUAAAUCCUCAUUCCAUCAACAAAGGGAACAUGAAGUUUUGGAGACGUGUGAUACGUAUUAUGUUUAUGUACAAAUUCGACUUGAAAUAUAUAAAGGAUGGUUCCUCUCUUGACCAUGAGCAUGAUGAUUGCACGACUGCGUUGCCAUAUGGCACACAUCGGUUGGUUUGCUUGAGGCCCAUAUCAUACUGCCACAUGGCAUCAAAAGGUUAGCACCGGGUGGCAUUCUAUAAUUGAUUCUUUAGGAAUUAACCAUGAGACGAUUAUAUUUGUAACUUGUUAAUCUGAUUAUUUCUUUAUUUGUACUGUUUUCUGUG